AGACAGUAAUGCACCAAGCGUUUUGAUGGUUGGAUCCACACAAUACCUAUGCCUUGCACAUUAAAAUCUAGAGCAAUUUGGUUAUGAGGUUUUUUUUCUCUUCUCUAUUUCCCGCUUUCUUUUACCAUUGCUUCCCCAUCAACGAUCGUCUCGCUCGCCUCACUUCCGCCUCCUUCGGGCAAGGAGAGCUUAACACAAUGAAGUGGUUACAAGAUGCAUGCCGAGUAUAUCAAACAAGGAAUACGCUGCAACGACUCCAUGCUUCCGUCAAGUGUCCUUUGAAGGCCAUCCCGAGCUUAACGCUCACUAAAAGACACUUCAAUGCUAGAUGGGUAUAUGCUUGUUAUACCGCUGUGGAUCACUUGUAUCGGUCGCAUCCUUGGUACAGCACAGCACCACAGCCUCGCCCUGUGGUAUUUCGCUUGGUGAUCGAGAUCAUUUAGAAAAGCAAACGACAUUUAACCCACAACGAGGCCGGCCAUGCUAGGAUACUCCGUGUCAAGGUCAUGUAGCUGUUUUCAUGCAUGAGGGCAUUCCUAGUGAACGUGGUUCCAGACCAAAUAUCG